UUUUCUCCGAAACAGACUCAGGGAAGCGCUGAUAGUAGCUCAAGCACGGACAUGUUGUAUAUUAAAAGCAAAUGGCGGAUACAGUCAAGACACUCGCUUGUUCGCUCGUGACUUCAGUCUGCUUGCUCCUUUCUCUCACCGUUCAUGCUGUGGGAGGCAAAGUGUUGUUGGUAUCGAUGGAUGGUUUCCGGUUUGACUAUCUGAAUAUGUUGCCCAGCUCCAGUAACUUCACCAAUCUUGCAAAGCUUGGAGUAUCGGCAAAGUUCGCAGACGCUACGUUUACCACCAAGUCUUUCCCCAACCACUACACCAUCGUCACUGGAUGCUAUCAAGAAAGUCAUGGCAUUGUGGGAAACAAUAUGUACGACCCAGAACACGAUGCCUACUUCACGAAAGACAGCAUGGAGGAUUUCUGGUGGAACCAGAGAGAACCUAUCUGGUCCACGGUGGUGAGGAACGGCAAACAGGCAGGGGUUUACUACUGGCCAGGCAGCUAUGCAAAUGUGAGCUACCCCCCUCAAUCGCGGAUGCUCUACAACGAGACAGUUGAUAGUUUUUUGCGCAUCGCUGUCGGCCUGUCGUGGUUCCGUCCACCGUACAACUAUGAUUUUGUUGCCAUGUAUUUUAAUCAGCCUGACAAAGCAGGUCAUGUCUUUGGUCUUGACAGUGAAGGACAAAUCCGUCAACAGAUCAUAACAUGUGACAUGAUGCUGGGAACAAUUUUGAGAGGUCUUGAUGAACUAAAUCUUGAAAACGCUGUAGACUUCAUUUUGACAUCAGACCAUGGAAUGACCUCUUGCGAUGUAAACAAAAAACUGGUCCAUGUGCCUCGCGAUGCCGCACUUGGUCCGGAGGUCUUGAGGUACACAGGGAAAGGCGCCGUUAUGGGCAUCUGGCCAGCCCCUGGCAGGGAGGACCAGGUGGUCCAAAAGCUGCAGUCCUUGAGUAACGUGACCGUCUACCGGAAGAAGGACAUCCCUGACCGCUUUCACUACAAGAACAACUCACGCAUUUCUCCCAUAGUCCUGCUGGCAGACGAACACUGGCUGCUUACAAACGGCUCAGACGGUGUUUUCGAAAAAAACAGCUUUGGUGAGCAUGGCUACGAUCCAGACCUGCAGUCCAUGAAGACAAUCUUUUUUGCUAAAGGGCCCAGCUUUAAGCAGAACUUUACAGUGCAGGAAGUCAGGCUAGUGGACAUCUACCCACUUCUUUGCCAUCUCCUCAAUGUCCCGGCAUCCAACCACGAUGGCAACCUUCAAAACAUGCGAAGUCUCCUAUCACCCGCAGCUAAUUUGAGCAUUAACUGGGCACUAAUUAGUGCAGUUUUGUUUUUUAUCAAGGCUCCUCUUUUCCUAUAGUCACAGGUCAUUUAUUUGUUGCUAAUUUAAUUUAAUUUAAUUUAUAACUAUCAACAAUCUGACAGGAAACAAACUGACCAUAUUUAAAAAUUGUUCUGAAUGAAGGAUUUGAGCACGGCUCUGUAGUCUUCCGUGAGAAUGGAACUCGUAUGUUGUUUCCCUUUGUAAUCUGCCCCUCAUGAUAUGUAACUAUAUACAUCACUACAAGUGUAUAACUGUGCGUGUACACAAUUGAUGGAUGUGCAAGCUUAUGAUAGUGUGUGUGGCAGCUAGUGUGAGUUCGGGUUCAUGCGUGGACAAAUCUGUUCAGCAGCUCAGGUUUAGCAGUCGUCACUGUUCUCGUCUUGUCUACACAUAAACAGUUCUUUUUUGGAAUUUUUUGAUCCACUGGAUGUGAAAUAUUUGUAGCAGCUUGACUAGAGCGGAAUUUUAGUAGGUGGCUGAUUGAUCACUUGGAGGAGGUAAGUGCUUUCGAAAGGUGAAUGGCGACGUUUAUUAUAUCUGAAUAGGACGAAGACGUGCUCAUCAAACAGAAGAAUUAAUACCGGCGUCCCUGAGACCUACCACUCAAACCUACAAUAAACGAUUAGAUUACAUUUAUUCAAGGUAGACUGAUAGCUACAAACCAGAAGAAAAAGGGAGGAAAUGUUAAAACAUAUUUUCCAGGCGGAUGCGGAGAUGAAAUGAAAGUAAACAAAUGAAAGAGCGGCUGAAACAAACAAACAAACAAACAACAACAACAACACAAUUAAAGCAAUUCUGAAUAUAAGAACGAAAACACACAACAACUAAAUUCCCUUCUCUCCCCUAUCCCCCAACCAACACACAAACUUGUGUGCGACUGUUGGAAGCCAUUGUGUCUGCGUGACGACAACCGGAUCCGCCUUUAUUUGUGGAGGUGGUGGUUACCUGCACUGCUACAGAUCACAGGUUAAUCUGAUAGUUGUUUUGCACAGGUUUUAGAGGAGUGGUGGUAGCUGUGAAGGGGGUAUAACUUUUAUAUAAAAAAAAACCCGCAAAAAAUG